UUGUCUCAACUUCUCCUUCCAAAAACAAUGGCCACUGCUGCAAAUUUUUCAGGCAGAGUCGCCCCAUGGAACACAUGGGGCCGCAAACCAAGCCCAAAGACUGGCAUCAAAUCGUUAGCUGUCAAAACGACAUGUCGUUUGGAUGGGAACAGAUUGAGAAGAGAGCAGCAUAGCUUUCCGUGGCAAAGAAAUGGAGAAAGCAAACUGCUCAAUGGCCACAAAUUUAAUCCUCUUAUGGCUUCCAGGAGAAGUACUAACAACGAUUCCAACUCAAAUCAUGAUUCUCCAUCAGACUUAAUCAAGGAUUUCUACGUAUGCAUCAAUGAGAAAAAUAUGAGAAAACUUGGGGAUUACAUCUCAGCUGACUGUUACUUAGAGGAGUGCUCUUUCCCCAAUCCAAUAGAUGGCAAAGAGGAGGUUUUCCGAUUUUUCAAACGGCUCAUGACGAGUAUGGGUGACAAUGUUAAGUUCAAUGUUCAACAUGUAUGUCAAGAAGAUGAUCAGCUUAUUGCAGCUGCAAAAUGGCACUUGGAAUGGAAAAAGUCACAAAUCCCCUUCACCAGAGGCUGCAGCUUCUUUGAAUGUGCUGAAGAAGGAGACAAACUCAGAAUAAUAAAAGCCCGAAUAGUUAUCGAGUCACCACUCAAACCAGGAGGUUAUGUGCUAUCUUUGUUAAAGGUUGUAACUGGAACAUUUGAUGAUUUCCCAAGAGCAACUGAAUGGUUCCUAAAGAGUCCACACGUUAUACUAAGUUGGGUACUAAAGAUUUACAGCAUUUCGUUGGGACUUUUCAUAAACCCAAUUCUGAAAAGUUACGUACACCUCUGGAACUUGGCCACUUAUCUACAAAGCUACGUUUUUCAAUUUGUACUCAAAAUUCUAAAGCUCUUCCUCAAGUAG